AUGAUGAAACUCAACGUUCUUGUAUUGGUGUUUGUUGUUCUAAUUAGCCUAUUGGUGGGUUCUCAAGGAGGUAGUCUCAGGAAAAGUUUCUACAAGGAUAGCUGUGAAGAAGCUGAGACUAUUGUAAAGAAGGUCACGGAGAAACAUGUAGCCAAUAACCCUGCUGUUCCCGCGCGGUUACUCAGAAUGCAUUUCCAUGAUUGUUUUGUUAGAGGAUGUGAUGGAUCAGUUCUAUUGAACUCAACCAACCAAAAUGCUGAAAAAGAUGCAGUUCCUAACCAAACUUUGUUGGGUUUCGAUGUAAUUGAUGAUAUCAAAGCAGAAGUUGAGAAGAAAUGUCCCGGAGUCGUUUCAUGCGCUGAUAUUCUGGCUUUGGCUGCAAGGGACUCUGUUUCCUACUCAUUUAAAAAAUCCAUGUGGGAAGUGCUUACGGGUAGAAGAGAUGGGAAUGUAUCGGUAAUGAGCGAAGCAUUGCAAAACAUUCCGGCACCCUUCUUCAACUUCACCCAACUCAAGCAAAACUUUGCCACCAAAGGUCUUACUGUGCAUGACCUUGUCGUAUUAUCAGGAGGACACACAAUCGGAGUGGGGCACUGCACUGGGUUCAACAACAGGCUCUACAACUUCACUGGAAAAGGAGAUCAGGACCCUUCAUUGGACAAAACAUACGCUCAAGUCUUGAAGAGCAAAUGCCCUCCAAACGACCAAACCACAACUGUGCCAAUGGACCCCGGAAGCGCUCUCAACUUCGACAGCAGCUACUACGGCGUCGUAUUGAAGAACGAGGGUCUUUUCACCUCAGACGCCACACUUCUCACCAACGACGUCGCCCAUAGAACUGUCCAGGAGUUGGUUGAACAAAGUGAUUUCUUCACUGAAUUCGCUCAGUCCAUGAAGCGGAUGGGAGCCAUUGAGGUCCUCACUGGCACGGCCGGUGAGAUCAGAAACAAGUGUUGGGCCGUCAAUUCUUAGAAGAAUAAAAAAAAUAUAUAAUGAAUGGUGAAAUCUUU